AUGGAUGCUCAGUACCCCUUCGCCUCCCGAGACGAUAUCUGGCGCGUCGUUAAUGACCUGAAGGACCUGCACGAGGCACAGGCUUAUCAGGGUGACAGAAUUACACGACUGGAAAGAAAUCAGGAGGAUAAUGCGAGGAUGAAGAGUAUCUGGGGCACUUCUCCCUCCCCGAUUCAUACUGGUAUUGGCGGGUCUAUUCCUACAGAGUCUGCACCAAACUCCCCUCCCGAGCCGUUCAAAGGCUUUGAUCAAGGACAUCAACACACCAUGACCAGCUCUGCAAUUGGCGGGUUUGAUGGUGAUGAUGAGCCACGCCGGGGUGCCUCGCGGGCUAAUAGUGUCCGUUUCGACGAGAGUGCCAUUCUUGGAUCCUACGGUCAGGCAAACCGGUCUAGCACGGAGCUUCCACUGCGCACUGGCAGUGGCCUGGGCAGUCACCCAAUGAUCGAGCGAUCCCUGUCUCACCAGUCGGAUGGCCGUCGGUGCUCCUCGGGGCUGUCUUUGUACUCGACCCGGACGAACAGUCUGCGUCUUGAUACGAGCAGCCGAUUGAUGGGCUCCUCUUAUGAGUGGUCCUUGGCCCCACCUCCGGGACUGUUCCUGCUCGGCCCGGUUCCUGCCAUCAUCCGGUGUUGGCUAACCACCAACUUCUCCAAUGAGACCCUCCUGUACGCGGCAAUCUGCUCAGGUUCUUUUGUCUCAUCACUCGGCUCGGGUUUGGUUCGCAAGCUUGGCUUGGAGGACAAGGUCGUUCGCGACGGCGACGACCGUCCUUCCAUCAAGCUGGCACUUUACCUUCCCGAGGCCAGCAUCCAACAGUCCUCAUCUCGCUCUGACAGUCCCACACCGCACCUUCCAGCGGUGACGGUUUGUUUCUUCGUGCGCGAGACAAACCCAGAGGACGAGACUAUUGAGAUUGUUCUGGGAAGUGAUGUCCUGCGCUCUCACAAUGCAGACAUCCUUUUCUCGCAGGACAGACUCAUGCUGGUUGAUGAUGAGCGCAACCGCGUUUCUAUCCCCCUCGUUCGGCCGGAGAAGGACUGGGUCUACAAGUUCCUCCACACCGCCGCCGAUGCCAGCCACCCCGAAUACCCCCAAAAGGCCCUUGUCACCAAGCAAGGCGCUGUUGGGGUGAUCGGUGAGCCGGCCCGCCCUGCGCAGCAGUCAAUCUCUGCGCCUGCCUCGACCCGUGUUUCCGUGGGGGAGGCUGACGAGGGGAAGAAACCCCGGUUGCAAGAGACCGGCACGUCUGCCGUGGUGGUUGCGCAGGCCACAGCUGCGACCCCAGCUGGGCCUUCCUCGGCCAAGUCUGAGGCUGGAGAUGUCUGGCGGUCAUGGCGCCGCGAGCCGAAGCCCGAGUCCAACGCCGGGACCAAGGCUAAGCCGCGCACCAUGACCGUCCUCAAGCCCACCAAGUCGAUGACUCGGGUGAGCUCUGGGGCUGGUGCUGGGACUGGGGGUGGACAGUCUGGCGUUCGCUCACCGUCGGAAGGGUCGGUCAACUCGCCGGCUCCAAACCCCGUCGGUGGUGCCUCGGCUUUCGGGUGGCUAAACACCACCACCACCACCGCCAAGUGA